AUGAUGUAUCCUGGAGGCUUUUUGCGUGAUCAAGAGUCAGCAGAGGAAGUAAGACGCAUGGCUGCUUUAGCAACCAAGAAAGAUUUAACAGCAUUCAUUUUCUUUGGUGUGGCUAUUGAAAUUGGUUAAAUUGCUACUGUUGGUGUCACCGACGAUGUAGAGGAUGAUGACGAUGAUGAUGAUGAUGAUGAUGACGGUGACCUUGAAAGUUGCUAUGUUUUUAUGGGGAAAAAAGCAUUUCUGUACCCCCAAACACACAAAUCAAUGAUGGUCUUAUAG